CUCAGAGACUUGUUGGUCAGUGUUGGUUCUCCUCUCGCCCGUUCUAGCUGGCGUGUUUCAGUAAUACGUUGGAAUUUUUAUAGAAGAAGAGUUUUUUAAGAAAUUGAUAGUACUACAGUUUGUGCGCGUUGGCCACCACUGAUAAAGCCCAAGUCGUUUCAACACCCAGCUCAGUUUGCUGAUAUCACUUCAAAGAGCGACACAUCGCCAUGGGUUCCACAACUCGGUUACUAACUCUACUAUUCCUGGUCACAACAACCUCCGUCAUUCUGCUAAAUGGAGCCGAUUCCGCAAGAAUUUUGUGCGUCUUCCCGACCGCCAGCAAAUCCCACGUGCUGGGGAUGCAGGCGUUGAUGAAUAACUUGGCCAAACGAGGUCACGAGAUCACCAUGGUCAGUGCAUUUCCGCUGUCAAAACCCGUGCAGAACUAUCGGGACGUGUACGUCCCGAUCGAGGGAGCCUUCGGACCGCUGAUGGCCAACUUCAUGCAGGGCAAAGAUCGGAACAUGCUGAAGGUUAUGCCGGUGAUCGUGGCGGCAUCGCUGGAGUACACCAACGCUACGUUGAACUCGCCCCAGUUCCGGAAGCUGGUGGACGAGGAGCGGUUCGAUCUGGCCGUGGUCGGGUGGUUCAUGAACGACUACGUUGCCGGGAUCGGUCAGCUGUUCAAGUGCCCCACGGUGCUGUACUUUAGCGCCGGGUUCAGCAGUAUGGUCAACUUUUUCGGAAACCCAACGGAGGUCGCCGCCGUUCCUCACAUGCUGCUGGGCAAUAAGAAUCCGAUGGGCUUCCUCGAUCGAUUGCAGAACACGAUGAUCUACGGAGUAGACGCAGCCAUAGGUCAAUAUUUGCGGUACAAAACGAAGCCGUACUACGACUACAACUUCCCCGAGGAACGGGGAUUCCUCCCGUACGACGAAGCCAAACGGCACGUUUCGCUGGUGAUCUUCAACUCGUACUUCACCCAAGCGGUACCCCGGCCGUACCUCCCGAACGUGAUCGAAGUCGGCGGGUUGCAGAUCAAGCCCAAACCGGACCCGCUGCCCGCGGACAUCCAGGCCUGGCUGGACGGGGCCGAGCACGGCGCGAUCUUCCUGAGCUUCGGAUCGAACCUGAAGAGUUCGAACCUGCGGCAGGACAAGUUCGACGCCAUCUUGGCGGCCCUCUCGAAGCUCAAGCAGAGGAUCAUCUGGAAGUGGGACACGGACGUGAUGCCCGGCAAGCCGGUCAACGUAAUGAUUGGUCAGUGGCUGCCACAGGACGACAUUCUGGCGCACAAGAACCUGGUGCUGUUUGUGACGCACUGCGGACUGGGUAGCGUAACGGAGUCCAUGUACCACGGAGUGCCGAUCGUGGGCAUUCCGAUGUUUGGCGAUCAGGAGCACAACGCCGCCCAGGUGCUGAAGGAAGGUUGGGGCGAGGUGGUGACCUUUGAGGAUCUUACCGAGGAGACGUUGAGCAGUGCGAUUCGGGGUGUUCUGGGGAAUGAGCAGUAUCGCCAGACGGUGCAGAAGAUGGCCGAUCUGUACCGGGAUCGACCCCAGACGGGGCUGGAUCUGGCCACGUUCUGGUUGGAGUACGUGGUUCGACACAAGGGAGCGCCUCAUCUGCACUACCAGGGAGCGGAUUUGAACUUUUUGCAGCGGAACUUGAUCGACGUUUUUGCGGCGAUUGGAGCUGUGUUGUACGUAGUGUUUAAGAUUUUAGCUUUGUUGUUGAAAACGGUGAAACGGGUGAUUUGUGGUCAGAAAAAGUCUAAGCAGAAGCGGAAUUAGGGUUGGGUUUAGGAAACAUUCCUGUGUUCUAAUGUAAGAUUUCAGUGAUAAGAAACAAGUCCUUUUAAAAUUAGAUUCAAGAAAAGUCUAAGAAGUCAUUCCAAUAGGAAAAAAAGCUCAGGUUGCAUUUCAAACAAUAAAGGAAUUCGGUUGAUAGUAGUAAUUAAA